AUGGCAAUGGAGCCGGGAGAGGACAACACCCCUGGCGAACACUACCGGCCCCUUGCCUCCCCGAAAGCUCCCAUCACAGACGAUCAGAACCGACCGGUUUCGAUUCUCUCGUUGUCUGCCCAUUCUGCUAAAGUGGUCGCCGCUCCGCCCAGCCCAACAAGAAGCGUCAAUACCGAGAUUUACGAGGACAAUGCCAAUCGUACCAUCGAUCGCUUUGACGAACCAUCCUCGGAAGAAGAAGAAAAUCAUCAAAAGCUUGAUCGCUUCGGAACAAAAUCUCUUCGUUCCAAGCGUUCCAAAAAGGAACGGUCUGCGCAAAGCCCAAGCGAUGGAUUCCGCCAAUCCUCUGGUUUGAGCAUCAGUCAGCCCAUCGCCGUAGCCUCAAGCACCGGUUUUGCAAUUUCGACGCCAGAGUUAGGAUCAACAAUGGGCGUACGACCGCAUCACAACCCGUAUCCAAGUGACGUCAGCAUCCAAAGCAGCGGCGAAAGCCACCGCUUCUCAACACUAGAAGUUGACGACAGUGUCUCCCGAAGGGGUACGUGGAUUGGGAUGAGAAACGUUGGACAGGCUAUAUCCACGGAUUUGCCAAGUCCAGCUGAACAAACUACUGAAAGCGACCGCCACCCAAGCAUCUCGCCACUUCCGAGUAGAGAAUCAACCAUCCGGCGCUCCUUUGGUCGGAGCCUGCUAACAAGACCGCCUGUUCGGAGCACAAAUCCUACAUCUGAGGAGUCGAAUUCUCCCCGAGAGGUCGGUGGAUUUCGCCUACCUUUUUUACAUGGCAUGCCGAAAUCCCUGAGGCCAAGCGGGUAUGAUAAAAGCUCCCUAACCCCUAGCGAGGAGAAAGAGGUCAAGGACGCAGUACAGCCGCCGGGAUCCUUCUUCUACGAUGGAUCGAGCGAUGGUGAGCCUGACGAAGAAGAUUCGCAUAUCGACGAUGCUCAGCAAGCAAUUGUUGGGACACCAGUGAUGGUCAAGCACGGCUCGAGAAAAAAGGUCGGAUUGAAAGAGAUGCUACAUACUGCGCCGCUCGCACGGAAUAAUCCAGGGCCGUCGAGAGGGAAGGCGAUGAUAAUGAUUGGGGAGAGUUUGGAACUCGAUAGGAAGCCAAUAUCGAGAGAUGGUGCUUUCCCAAUUAGGACACCGAGCAAGAGGGAAGGGGUCAUAGGAAUGCCACAACAGGAGCAAGAAGACAUAACGAGUCAACACCAGGAAGAUCAAGCGGGAUUGGGCAUUUUCCGCACCAUGAACCCUUUUGCACAUGACGUGCUUAGAUCGAAUCCCGUCAGCCCAAAACAUGAUCCGGCUGCGGCGUCACCGCAGCCAAAGAAAAGUGUCUCUUUCCCACCGCUGCCUCUACAAUUAGACAUCAGGCCUGAACACAGGUUUUUGAGGCAAGACGUCGUCAGCACACCAUAUCCUCCAGGUUUCAAGGGAGGAGGAGCGUCACUAUACAAUGCUUCUGAGCAUGGUACGAUGCCGACAGCUGACGAAGCGCCGAAAUCACUUCUUACACUGGUCCUGUACAGCCACGGCGAUUCCAUCUCAAAAGUCAAGAAGAUUGUCAUCCCAACAACUCCAGAAAUAGCACUAGUUGACAACGGCGAUGAGAAAAAGCCGCCCAUCAAAGCCACAAUGCGCCGGGACUUUGACGACGAGAAGUUGUUCAAGCUCAUCCGCUCGGAGUAUAAUAGCAUGCGAGGCUCUCUCCGCCGACUGGCCAGUGCGAGGACAGUGCGGAGCAUGAACCUUCUGGCGUACUGCUCCACGUCCGAACUCGUGUCCAAACAAGGGAAGCCAAUGCAUUUUCGACAUCAAGACAGUGACGAGCAUCUAGCCGAAGCGCGCAUGCUGGAAAUAUUCAAGAAGCCCAAGUUGGGCAAGCGACAUCACGAGUGGGCCGAAUGGGUAACUACCCUCCCCGAAAACUCCAACAUCGAGCCCGUGAACAACGAGCGCAUCGCACUAGAGCUUGUGGAAGGCUGGUCGUCGCGCAAAUUCCUCGCCGCUGUCGUUGCUGUGCUCGUCUGUAGCUUGACGAUUACUCUACUCUGGACCUUUCUGGGAGCUGGAGGAGACACUCUGGGGUUUGAGAGUUCGAAUGUCACCCUUCCAGGAGGGUUAAUGGGGAAUAAUGCGGCAACUGUUCAGAGUCCGGUUGGAUACAAGGGAGCCGGGGGCAGGGUGGAGACUGGUGUUGCGUUGGGAAUACUGGUGUUGAUGUUUGGCUGGACCAGCAUCGGGGCGUGGAUUCUGUUGAAUUGGCUUGUGAUGUGA